AUGAGAGCCAGCAAUGUGACGAAUAAUCUACGUUGUAUUUUAUUCCCUACCUCGCUAGUUGGGGCAGCGAGCAGCUGGUUCAACAAAUUUACCCAUCAUCCAAUUACCUCUUGGGAACAGUUGUCUAAGGACUUCAAGAAACAGUUUAAAGCAGCAAGGGACAGGCGACCUGAGGCAUCCUCCCUCACUAACAUAAAGCAGCAGUCGGGCGAGACGCUUAAGGCCUACUUAAGCCGUUUUAGCACAGUUGCUGCAAUGGUUAAAAACUUGGACGAUAGUACCCAGCUCACUACUCUUCAGGCAGAGAUCACAACUGAUCUUUCCACUGCUGGAGGCGAGCUAUGGGAUGACCUGCAGGGUCCCCCAGUGAAAAACAUCAGCGAGUUCAAUGAAAGAGCUCAAGUGUUUGUUCGAAAAGAGGAAGCAAGAAAAGAGAUGAAGUUUUUAAAGACCGGCUCAGGAAGUAAACCCAACACUGUCUCGACAAGCACCGUCUUGACCAAGGCUGACAACCCAGAAGCCUCUAGUUCAAAGAGGAAAGAUAACUCUAAGGAGUCAGCUAAGGACAAGAAAAAACAAAAGAAGCACGACAAAUACCCAAAUUUGCCUAAUAACCCAGGCAACCAAGGAUUACAACCUCCUCCUCUACAAGGAGAGGAUAUUCUGGUUAUCUUGGGAAGGCUACAUAUUGUAGGGGAAAGUAAUAAUGCCCAAAAGAGAUAUGUAAAGGAAGUGAAGAACGAGCAGUCUGCUUUUGCUCCAGAACCUUUUAAGAAAGCUAAGACUGAGGAACCUCCGAUUGUAUUCUCAGAGAUAGAUGAAAAACACGUGAGAUAUCCUCACAUCGGCCCACUAGUAAUUAUUAUCCAGCUCGCCAACAAAAGGAUAAAAAGGGUGCUAGUGGACAACGAAAGUUCAGUGAAUAUCCUUUAUAAGGAUACACUGAAGAAAAUGGGACUUGAAAAAGCCAAAUUAAAACCUUGCAUGGUAAAUCUGUGUGGAUUUACAGGUGUGGGAGUAGUGCGAGGUGACCAAAUGCUGGCUCGCAAAUGCUACCGCAUAGGGCUGCAGAAUAGAAUGGUCGGUCACCAGCUAAUGGCAGUCGUAACUGAAGAAGGUGAGAAAAAGAGUGAGGAUCUUGAUCCUCAGAUUGAAGAUGAAAGGAAUUUAUUGAAACCUAUUGAGGAAUUGGAAGUGGUUGUUCUAAAUCCAGGAAAUCCCACAAAGUGUGUAUUCAUUGGGAAGAACCUGGAUGAACAAUUGAAAUAG